GGUUGUUGAAUGUUAUUCUUUUAGAAGUAUUUUCAUCCGAAAAAACAAGAAUGCGUAUAAACUGUGAAAUAUCGAUCGUAAAUCGUAUAGCUGCUUCUCACAACGUGCGAAAUGCAAGCAAGCCUGCGCGCGCCUCUUUAGCAAUCGGGCGAAAAGAUUCUUCGAAACUUGACGAUGAGAGAGGAAAGAACGUGUUUCUUUUAGUUUGUACAGCAAAAGAGAGGAAUGGAGCUAAAUACAAGAUCAAAGAAAACCUGCAGCAGGUCUUCUCCAAGUUUCUCGAAAAAGGCAAAGCUACGAUUCGCUUUAAAGAACCUCCACACGACCUCUUCAUCAACAAGGCUGACCCAUCAAGUCUGAAAACAUUUUUAUCUUUACUCAAGCUUGGAGAUAAAGCAUUGGAAAAUGUCAACCUAUCCUGUCUGGUUCCUGCAAAGAUCUCUGAAAUAGAAAAGCCCAAAACUGAAAUGGUGAUCAAACGUAGAGCAGAUUAUCCUCUUGGAAAGCCAUUUCUAAGUAAGCUUGACAAGUUGACUGUAAACAACUGUGGAAUUGUGCGUAUUGAGGCACGCAUUUUACAAAUGAAGAGCUUGUCAUGUUUGAAUGUUGCUGACAAUCAAGUGAGGGCAAUCCCUUGCAGACUGGCCAGUUUCUCAACAUUAUCAGAGCUAAUUUUGCAUGGCAAUCGGAUCAGGGAAUUUCCAUCUUUGUUGUGUUCUGGAAGCUUGACAUCAUCCUUGAAGCUCUUAGAUCUCAGUCAAAAUGAAAUAAAGCUUUUACCUGUGACAUUCUGUAACUUAAAGAACCUUGUUCAUUUAAAACUUGAUAAGAACAGUCUUCACAUGUUACCAAUAAAUACUGGAAGUCUUUCACAUCUGAGAUUCCUCUCUGCCAGUCACAACCAGCUAAAGGUCUUACCUUACAGCCUAUCCAAGUUAAAAUUGGAUUCCAUUGAUGUAUCUGCAAACCCAUUUUUAGCUCAGGAUAAGUGGUACAACGUUAGCAAAUUGGCUGUUCCAUCAUUGAAGGAAUGUGCAGGAAUUGCUGUCAAGAAGCACAAGUGUGCAUACUUCAAACAACUCAUUCCAUCCUCUCUAUGUGUAUUUCUGGACACAGCAAAACAGUGUUUUUGUGGAAACUACUGCUUCACAUCGUGUGUCCACCACAUUAUAACUAUCAAUAUUCAUCAGCUAGCUCAUACAGUUGUGUCUGCUUGUCCUACACAAAGCCACAUUCCAGCAGAGAGUUUUAUUUGUUCUCAAAGAUGUCUUCAGAGAUUGCAGAAUAACAAAAGACCUUUCUGGAGAUAGAAACCUUUUGGUCUCUAUUUGUUC